AUGGAUAGAGAUCAAUUGAUAGCAUUAUUUCAGCCGUAUGUUCUUCCUUGCGCAGUGAAGCCAACAGUUGGCGAUGAAAUAAUCAAUAAUGUUUGGGAUUCUUUAAUUAAUAUUGUAUUUCAAGAUACAAAACUCUUUUUCUUUGUCUUUCCAUUCCUGGCUGAGUUCUCAAAGAAAACACCAAAGUUUACAGAAUCAAAUCCACCGAAAAUCCAUGAAUUAAUCGAAAAUUUAAAUCUUAAUAUGACAGAACAAGAGACAUUAUUAAAUAUUAAAUCACUUUACUCAUUACUUCCAUUCUUUACUACACAAAAUAUCACAGAUAUCCUUACAAAGUCUAUCCUUUUAAUUCAAAAAUUCUUAAAUGAGAAACAAAAUUUACCAUAUGAUCUAAUUGAUGCCAUGAACUUGGCGGAAAUUGGACUCCUUUCAGAUGAAGCCCUAUCUUCCGUAUACGAAUUUCUACUUACCUACCAAAAAUCAGAAAAUGAAACCGCAUCACUUAUUUUAUUACAAAUUUUCGCACAGGACAUUCUCGAAGUUGAACUGAAUGCUCAAGAGGACCUUCUCAAGAUUGCAAUUGACUAUUUGAAAGGAGAUAAAAUCCAUCAAUUAGUUUCUCUUUAUUUAUUACCUAAACUUGAUGAAUAUAUAUCAAAUGGUCCAUCAAAGGUCAUCGACGAACUAUUUACUCUUUUACUUCUUUUCUUUAUCAGUCAAGAUCCAGAAUUAUUCCGUGUUUCUCACAAAACAAUGCUCAAACUCAUUGGUUCCGGUGCGUUUUGCGAGAAACUGAAGGUUGUCGAGCUCAUCAAGCAAUAUUCAAAGUAUUCACCCGCCAACAUUGUUCAUUUCUUCAAAUUCCUCAUAAAAUAUCUUGAUGAUUCAGAAUCAGUACCAAUCACAAUUGUCCAGCCAAUUUAUGACUUCCUUGUCAUCACAUCUCAAUCUAAAGACCUCAAUACACGUGCAUUAGUCCUUGAAACAUAUUCCCUUCUUGCAGCAGUGAACACAGAUGUUUUAGAAGAAACAUUUGAACAAGAAUUAGAUGUAGCAUCAGAACUGAUCAAAUCAAACAAUUCCAUGUUCAACAGCAAGAUUGGAAAUUAUAUUCUUGCAGUUGGCAAAGUCAUUCCUGAGACAUUCAAGCGGAUUCUUGAUGAUUUCAUUCCUCCUUUAGUUGAAACAUUAAAAGAAAUUGGUUCUAAAUCAGAAAGGAAGUUUAAACUUGACCUUGCACAAACAAUUUCUUCAUCAAUUGAAGGAUGUAACUAUCCACAGUUUGUUGAACCAAUUGUUGAUUUCGCUUGCAAAUCAUUGGAAGAUAUUUCUGGUGAUGAAAUAAUCUACAUUGAUUCGAUUGUAAUUGCUUUGAAAUCACAACUUACAAAAGAACAAUCCAAUGUCAUUUUUGACAAAGUUUUUAGUUAUUGUUUGAGAACACAAGAGAGUCAAAAUAUGAACAUUUGUUUCCACAUAAUGAAGAAGAUUUUGAAAUUAGUUUCCGAACAAAAACUUUUAGAAUCAUGUCAACAAAUUCUUGAAGGAAAGCCAUCAUAUUUAUCUAAUCUUGAACCAUAUCUCAUUGGUGAUUCCAAGACAAUGCUUUUCUACUUCAUUUCUGCUGUUAUCAAACAAAUUCCUCUUAAAUCAGGAAGUUUGGCAGAAAAAGUCAGUAGUUUUGUCAGCAAAACAAGAAUUUCAUUGAUGCCAGCAGUCUUAGAAGUUGUCGAAGCAUCAUUAGUUUCAAAUGUUCUUUCCCAGCCAACAAUCAAACAGUUGUACACUGAGAUCAACGAACUGAUUUUGAAAUCACCAGUCAAAUCAAGGGAAGAAUUUUGUUCUAUUGUAGAAAUCAUGAUUUUGUUGGUUCAAAGGUAUCCGCAUUCAGUUGAUGGCGACGAAAUCAUCAAGACAUGCACUAGAUCACUUGCACGCUGCCAUGGAUACAACGACAAUGGAAAUGAAGAAGAAGAUGACGAAGAAGAAGAGGAUGAUGAAUCAAUGGUUAUUCCAACAUUGUCACGUUUAGUUUUUUCAGUUUAUUUGUCUAAGGAUAUCAAUAUCGUGGUCAACAAAGACUUGGUUCAGGGAAUUCUUGAGGAUAUCCCUGUUACAUCAAUGAAUGACAUCCUUCCAUUGAUUCUUUCUAUGAUGAAAGAAGCAGAUAAGUUCAAAACAGUUUUGUUGUAUUUGUCUAAAAGUGUUGUUCAAAUUCUUUUCAUGUCUAAGAAAGAAUUGGAAGAAAUUGGUAUCAAUAACGAAUACAUCAAUGAUGCUAAAGUUGUCUUCAAAGAAACAUGCAAGAAGAACUCUCUUAUAGAGAAGCAAAUUUCUAAGGAUUACUCUAAAGAGAGACCAAAACUCAACAAACUUAAGAUUCUAUUGAAAUAA